AUGGAGAACGCCGGCGAGGCGGACCAAAUUGCUGCGCUUAUCAUACCUAGCACGGACUCGCAGGAGGAGGAGAUACAGUCUUGCCAUUUCACACGCGAAUCAGAGGUGUUUUCAGGCGACAUGCAGUUGUCUUCAUCACCGGAAGAGGCGUCGGAACAAGCCACUGGAAUAGUAAUGGUAUCUAUGCAGGAAAGCUCUGAUGAUUACCAAACUCCUCCAGAACAUCACCUUUCAUCUCAGAACUCCAGCAACGACGGUCAGGUGACUACAGUUGUUGAUCUGGAAACGGGAAGUGGUGGAGUUGGAAACAGCGAGACGAUGGUGAUGGAUGAUAGUUGUGAGCGGAUGAUUGAUCUAACCACCGACUCGGAUAAUCUAGAGUUUUUGGAAAACAGGGUUAGGGUUAGGGUUCUCGAAGUCGAAGAUAACAAUACAGUGAUGGCUGAUGAGAAUAAUACUAAUACCGAAGAGAUUGAAACGCAAUAUGCCGUUGGGGAAACUAAUGCUGGUAGUUGUGUUGCAGAAGCUCUUAAGACGCUGAAGGAGACCGUACCUAAAGUGUUUGUAGAAAUGCCGGUGAGAGAACAAGAGACAGAAAGCAAAACGAGCUUAAACUUGGAUUGCAAAGGAAAGCGACAAUUGCCAUUUUCAAUGAAAGGGAAAGAGAAAAAUAAUAUAGAAAAGCAUGAAGACGUAUUUACAGAUAUUCUGAAUCGUGCUUGGAAGAUACUGGUGGAGCAGCAGAGAAAAUGUGGUGCUGAGGCUGAUGGGGAUGAUGACCUUCUGGAGACUGCAAUGCGGAGGGGCUUGACUUUACCUCGUCCCAGGUGGUGGCCACCAGAAGAAGAAGAAGAAGAUGGUUUUGAAGGUUAA